UGUUGUUUUCUCUGAGGUUCAACUAAAGAACGUUUUGCUUUCAAGAAGAUGGAUUCAUCAGCGGCUCAAGAAGUGCAGAACCUUGAUCCAGAUCUCUCAGACUCAAACAUUGAAGAAUCUGAAGAGAAGAUACUGAACGCCACUUCUCUUUCAGCUUUUGAUAUGAUUCUCAAGUCUAUGCGGAAGAUAAGUGUUUUCUUAAGCCACUUUUUGAUGGAUUAUAUUCAAGAAGUACCUCAAAGCCUCACAGAUGAUGAAUCUGUUCUUCCACAAGACUUACUUUGUGACUUCCUACUUGAGAAAAUCAGUCUCACUCAUCCUCUGGAAGCAAAUGGUGUUUUUGACCUGUUUCUAAACAUCUUGGAGCUUAUGUCUCGCUGGGAUUCAGACUUUGAAGUGUACGAAGUGGCGAAAAAGAUUUGCAAUAGAUGCAAGAUGGGUAUGGAUCUUCCACCUGAACGUUGUUUUGGUCUGAUCAUCAAUGCUGGUACACUCAGAGAAGCAAUGUUCGAGAAGUUUACAUUCGAGAAGAUCAUUCAGGUCAUCAGAAUAGACUUAAAGAUGCCUUGUGAUAAGGAAGGAUGUGAGAAACGAAACUAUGUUCAACGUAUGAUAUAUAAACCUCCAACUGUUUUCACAAUUGCACUUGAGUGGGAGAACAAUGAGACUGAAGGAGAGAUAUUCGAUACUACUUCUGUUCUGAAGACCGAGAUUGAUAUUAAUACGAUAUAUCAAUACAAGGGUGACAGUGCAGUCACUAAAUACCGUCUUGCCUCAAUGGUUUGCUCGCAUGGAAAUCAAUACAACUGUGUAGCUUAUGAAAAAAAAAGAUGGGUCAGACUUGUUGGUUCUGAGGAAGAGGUAAUUGGAGACUGGGAUGGUGUUCUCAGCAAAUUUCGGAAUCUGCAUAUUCGACCUGAGAUUUUAUUUUUUGAAAAUGCUAUGCAGAGGGACCAGUUGGAUCAAAAGUAUCUGAAGACUAAGUAAAGCUUUUUCAAUGUUACAGGAAAUGGAAAAGUGUUUCGAGUCUUAAGUCAAAAAAUAUAUAGGAGUUAGUAGAACAAUGCUUUGGAGGUGUUGUUUGCACCAUUGUGAACAAAUAUUUUCACUGUUUUCUUCCUCACAGAUUCAACAUCCUGAUUGUUAUGAAACAUUGUAUAAAGAUAGUCAAAUACCGUUCUUCCAAAUUCA